UACACCUGCCUGGUCUGCAACCUGUUCGAUGACGAAGACAAGCGUCAGUACCACUGUGACGGCUGCGGCAUCUGCCGCGUCGGCGGACGGGACCGGUUCUUCCACUGCGAGAGGUGCAACAUGUGCCUUCCUGUGCAGUUGCAGAGGGACGGACAUCGGUGCGUAGAGAACGUAUCCCGCUCCAACUGCCCGGUGUGUCUGGAAGACAUUCACACCUCCCGCAUACCAUGCCACAUCCCGGACUGUGGGCAUCUGUUGCAUCGGCCUUGCUUCGAGCAGCUGCUGCAUUCAGGACACUACGCCUGCCCUACUUGUCAGACCAGUAUGAUUGACAUGACCAAUCUUUGGAGUUACCUGGACUCAGAGGUGGCGGCGACGCCCAUGCCUCCCGAAUACGCCGACUACAAAGCUACUAUACUUUGCAAGGAUUGUCAUAAAUUGUCAACAGUGAAGUUCCACGUAGUAGGACUGAAGUGCCAACACUGCGGGGCAUACAACACCUGUCAAACUAAUGGUUUUCAUAAGGACGAGGGCAGCAGUUCAGAGAACGCGAAUUCAUCCACUUCAACAUCAACUUCGACCAGUCGGAGUGGCUCUUCUUCAGCCACCUUCUCCGAGGCAAGUCGAGAAGAACCCGCUGACAAUCUACGCACAGCUAACCCGCUGGAUGAACCGCCACAGGCUUAACAACGACACAGCUCUUGUGGGAUUUUCUGCUGGCCACACUGAUAGCGAAGCUGCGUCUGGAUGGUCAGAUCGGUGGACCGUAUCCCGGUACACCGAGACCUGGUCGUCAGUUCUCUGGAUCAUGUGUACAGUGACAACAGUGCAGCUUAACAAUGUGAACAGUGAUAAUUUAUUACACACAUAUUCAUGUACAGUGUAAGUUCCUGGGUGAUCAGUUCCUUUGUUCUUUAAUACAAGUGCAGUGUCUUCAGUGUGAAACUAGCAUAUGUAUAGUGAUAUGUAAAUAGAUGGUAAGUUGUCUGAUUACUCAGACUAGAACGGCAGACAAAAAUUACAUCCAUUAAUGUAGAUUUUAUAUUGUAUUAUUAUGGUCCGUAUUAUGUGUAUAGUGUCAUUAUUUGUAUCCAUCCACAAUUAGGCAGGGUGCCCUAUAUUUUAAUGUUAUUAAAUAAUUAUUGUUUAAACUACACAUACUGACACAUUUAGCAGAACAAAACUAAAGUGAGAUAACAAAAUAGUAACGUUCUAAAUUAAUAAGAAUUUAAUAAUAAUAAAUUAUUGGUGCUAUGAGUGUGUACUCAUAGCCCCGCACUAGGAAAACCCUGUAUCGCGGGUGCCAUGGACACACGCAUAGACAACCACAAAUUAAACCCAAACUCACAAGAUAAAUAGGCCAUACAAAUAUUUCCCCCGGCACGGGAAUCGAACCCGGGACCUCUUGCGUGGCAGUCCAGGAUGGUAACCAUUCAGCCAAAAAGGCAGUUCAAACAUAAGGUAUGCAAUUAAAACGUCUUUUAACAUCAAACCUGUACAAACCUACUCAACUUGUUAUUGGAAUAAAUCUUAAUCAAAUAAAAUGCAUUUGUUUAGAUUUUGUGACGAAGCAGAAAAAGCUGAAAAUUAAAAAAUUGUAACAAUUUAAUGCAAUGCAAUUAAACAUUCAACUAAAUGUUUAAGAAAUUUACAAGAAUGCAGAAUUCAACCUCGAAUCACUCAACAAAAAUAUAUCUAAUGAUUAAUAUAGGAAAUUAAAAUAAAUUAUUAAAAUAUAACAGUCAACAAAUUUUUCAUUUUUAAACCAGACUUUUUAGAACACCAUUAUUUUGGUGAUAUAGCUAAUGUUUCACUAAAUGUACCAGUAUGUGCAUAUAUUUAAUAAGCGCAUAAAUACAACUGAGCAGAAGGUACCUCUACCUUUGUAUGGACACAUUUAGUUAUGGGUUAUCAGUACCCAGAUUAGCAAAACUUUUGACGUUCAAUCCGCUGUGUGAUAAGUUCCGGAAAACAACAACGAUUCCCCAAUAUAGUCAUAACAUAGUGAUAAAGUUGUUAAACCUACUCCCAUUGCCAUUAACAUGGGACUGUUUGUGUUUGGCUACUCAAAAUAUUUUUGUAAAUCCAGCAAACAUAUAUUUUUUCAAAUUUGAUCAAGUAAAAGAAACAUUUUUUGUAAAUAUUUCAAAUGCAAUCUGUUAACCAACUCCCAUACUACUAAAACGAAGCAUACAGUAAGAAAAUUAGGACAUGAAGGAAUAUUGUAAGGGAAAGAUUGUCAUCUACCAUGGCGCUAGGUAGUGAAAUAAAAUCCACCCUUGUUAAGUUGACAUUUCUAUAAUAAAUGUGCAAGCAGAACCAUCCUGUGCAGUCAACAUUUUCUAGUAAAAAUGUGUGAUUACAGUCCACCCCUUGCAGUCGAUUUUAUUUAUUAUGUUUUUUUUUUGGAUAACAACAGGCUUAAUGCAUUUUGAACCUUAAAACAUACUUUUACAACUUUUUGAAUGCACCAAUUGCAGUUAUCCACUAAUAUAAUUAUUGACACUUUUUGGAUAGGCCAAUUACAGUUAUCCACUAACAUAAUGAUUGGCACUUUUUGGACGGGCCAAUUACAGUUAUCCACUAAUAUAAUUAUUUACACUUUUUGGAUAGGCCAAUUACAGUUAUCCACUAAUAUAAUUAUUGACACUUUUUGGA